UCCGUCCCACACCAGGAACCGGUUCUCCUCAUUCGUCAAGCAUAUGCAAAGGCCAAACGCUCAAAAGACAUUACCGUUUUGCAAUCUCUAUCAUUAUUGCAUUAGAAAGGGUUUGUGUAUACUACAAGCUUUCUCCGUCUACGAAUCUCACUUUCCAUUCUCUCAGAGGACAUCCAUCUCCUCAGCACUUGCUCCUCGGUUUGAUUCGAGCCCUAAGAAGCAAUAAACUCAUCUCUUCUCCGUUUUAUCUUCUUCAGAUCUGCUUCUCCCUCUGGAUUUUCAAUUUCUGGGAUUUCUGAUAUCUUAUGUUAGGGACAUAGGCAUCUCUUUUAAAAGCAUAGAUGGCUACACUUGGAGACAUAGGGUUAGCGGCAGCAAUCAAUAUCCUCUUCGCUUUUGCGUUCUUUGUGGCAUUUGCUGUACUACGUCUCCAACCAUUCAAUGAUAGAGUAUACUUUCCGAAAUGGUAUCUGAGAGGUCUGAGAUGCAGCCCAACACAUGGUGGAGCAUUUGUGCACAAGUUUGUCAAUUUGGACUUUAGAUCAUAUAUCAGGUUUCUAAAUUGGAUGCCGGCUGCAUUGAAAAUGCCGGAACCUGAGCUUAUUGAUCAUGCAGGACUGGACUCUGCUGUUUAUUUGCGUAUUUACUUGAUUGGGCUUAAAAUCUUUGUUCCUAUAACAUUCUUUGCUUUUGCGAUCCUGGUUCCAGUCAAUUGGACUAACAGGACUCUAGAAGAUUCAAAAGUAAUUUUCAGUGAUAUAGAUAAGCUCUCCAUUUCAAAUAUUCCAGACAAAUCACACAGGUUUUGGACUCAUUUGGUAAUGGCUUAUGCCUUUACAUUUUGGACAUGCUACGUGCUGCUUAAGGAGUAUGAAAUAGUAGCAACUAUGAGGUUGCAUUUUCUUGCAUCAGAGCAACGUCGUCCAGAUCAAUUUACAGUCCUUGUAAGAAAUGUGCCACCAGACCCAGAUGAAUCAGUUAGCGAGCUUGUUGAGCACUUUUUUCUAGUGAACCAUCCUGAUCACUACCUCACUCAUCAGGUUGUGUACGAUGCAAACAAACUUGCUAAGCUGGUCAAGAAGAAGAAAUCACUGCAAAACUGGCUUGAUUACAACCAACUUAAGUACUCUAGGAAUCCAUCUCAGAGGCCAACUCGGAAGACUGGUUCUCUAGGACUUUGUGGAGAAAGAGUGGAUUCAAUUGAAUAUUAUACAUCUGAGAUUGAGAAGAUAUCAAAAAAAGAGGCUGUAGAGCAAGAGAAGGUAAAAAAUAAUCUGAAGUCUAUCAUGCCCGUAGCAUUUGUUUCAUUCAGAACUCGGUGGGCGGCUGCUGUUUGUGCACAAACUCAACAAUCCAGAAAUCCAACAAUAUGGUUGACUGAGUGGGCUCCAGAGCCUCGUGAUGUAUAUUGGGAUAACCUGGCGAUUCCAUUUGUUUCGCUCUCAAUUAGGAGGCUUAUCAUAGCUGUUGCUUUCUUCUUUCUUACCUUUUUCUUUAUGAUACCUAUAUUAUUUGUACAAUCCCUUGCGAACAUCGAGGGAAUUGAAAAGUAUGCUCCAUUCCUAAGGCCUAUAAUUGAAGUGAAAAUCAUCAAGUCAUUCAUUCAAGGUUUCCUUCCUGGAAUCGCUUUAAAGAUUUUCCUCAUCGUUUUGCCGGCCAUACUGAUGUUUAUGUCUAAAUUUGAAGGAUUUACCUCCAUAUCAGCUCUAGAGAGAAGAUCUGCUUCUAGAUACUAUCUUUUCCUACUCGUUAAUGUAUUUCUUGGGAGCAUAAUUACUGGAACUGCAUUUGAACAGUUGGAUGCUUUUAUUCACCAACCAGCAAACAAAAUCCCAGAAACGAUUGGUGUAGCUAUUCCUAUGAAAGCUACUUUCUUCAUAACUUACAUUAUGGUUGAUGGCUGGGCUGGAAUUGCUGGGGAGAUUCUAAGGUUGAAACCGUUGAUAUUCUAUCACUUGAAGAACUUUUUCUUGGUGAAGACUGAGAAAGAUAGGGAAGAGGCGAUGGAUCCGGGAAGUAUUGGUUUCAACUCAGCAGAGCCUCAGAUACAGUUGUAUUUUUUACUAGGCCUUGUUUAUGCUGUGGUGUCGCCAAUUCUACUUCCUUUCAUAGUAGUAUUUUUCGGCUUGGCAUAUGUUGUUUUCCGUCAUCAGAUUAUUAAUGUUUACAACCAAGAAUAUGAGAGCGGAGCUGCAUUCUGGCCAGAUGUCCAUGGCCGUAUUGUUACUGCAAUGGUUAUCUCACAGCUACUACUAUUCGGAUUGUUGGGUACGAAAGAAGCUGCUCAAUCAACGCCCCUGCUCAUCGCUCUUCCAGUAUUGACCAUAUGGUUUCACAGGUUCUGCAAAAACCGUUACGAGCCUGCGUUUGUUCGAUAUCCAUUACAGGAAGCUAUGAUGAAAGAUACGUUGGAGCGUACAAAGGAACCGAAUCUGAAUCUGAAAGCGUACCUUCUCAAUGCAUAUAUACACCCAGUGUUCAAGGACAGGGAGGAUGAUGAUAGUUUUUCCAUUACAGAAGAUUUUGAGCAGCAGAAUGUGCUGGUACCCACAAAACGCCAGUCUCGUAAGAACACGCCGGUGCCCAGCAAAUACAGUGGGUCGUCGUCACCAUCCUCAUUGCCUGACGCUGUCCAUGAGCAACCAUGAUGAGUUGGGCUUCUCAUUUCAUUGUAAACUGCAACCAUUGUACAUUUGAGGACCUGGAGAGAGUAGCAAGUGAAGGAUUCGUGUGCUGAGAGAAGUUUGUUUUGUAAAGGGGUGGUGGUGGUACAGAUUCAUGCUUGUGUUGUAACAGUAGCCUUCAAGUGUGAGAUUGUCGGACGAAUUGGACUGAUUGGGCACUCGUUAAAAGAAAUGUGACCGGCCAAGCAAGUGAAAAGGACAGUCAGGGAUGUCAUUGCAGAUGAAUAGCUAAUUCGUUGUCCUAAAAUAGAUUUGUCGCUUACUGUGUUUGGCUGCUACACUGGUUUAUCUUCAUGAUAGAUGUUCAUUGCUGGCUGGGAAGUCAGGCUUUCUCUAACACUGAUGCUGGGGCUUGUGCCCUCAAUGUUUGCAUUGUAUCCUUUCUUUUCUUCUAGUACAGGAGUGGUUUUCAGAAA